AGUUCUAAUUUUUUUAUGUGUCACCCGAUUCAUUUUGAAUCUCCCAGCUCCCAUCCUGCCAUUCUCAAAGUUCCCAACGACCUGUUUUAUGGUGGAGAGCUCCAGCCGUGCGCUCGUCUUAGCAAGUUAUACAAUCAAUUGGAGCUUCUGCCCAAGGAGGGUUUCCCGGUGGUCUUCCAUGGCGUGGCGGGCAUCAGCCAACAGGAAAAGGGCUUCUCUUAUUUUUACAACAUGGCAGAGAUUGAAGUCAUAAAGGAAUACCUAAAAUCCCUGAUCCAACACCUCCACCGGAAUAAUGUGAGCCAUGUUCCACCAGGAGAAAUCGGCAUCAUCUCUCCAUACAGGAAACAAGUGGAGAAAAUCCAAAAGGCCAUUCAAUGGGAUGCAGACCUCAGCAAAGAAAAUUUGGAAAAUGUAGAAGUUGGGACAGUGGAUAAAUUUCAGGGUAAAGAGUUCAGGGUGAUUCUGAUGUAAAAUCCACUCCAAUUA